AUGGGGACGAUUGUAGAAUUUUUCUAUAAACCUCUGGGAGACCAAGACUUCCCCAUUCGCGUCCUUCAGGUCGAGCCGGGGAAUAUCUCAGAACCUCUUUCUUGCACGCUCGUGAACUACGUAGAUGCAAGUGAACGAGGCUGGACUUGUCUCUCCUACACAUGGGGUACCGAACCACCCUCAGAAGAAAUAACAAUCAACGGUGCCUCGUUCCCGGUGCGAAAAAAUGUCUACAAUUUCCUCAGAGAAGCUCAGCGUCAGGGUCUCACGAACUUGUGGAUUGACUCGAUAUGCAUCAACCAGUCCGAUACCGACGAGCGUAAUACCCAGGUAGCGCUCAUGAGUAGAAUCUACAACGAGGCGAAAUUGGUCAUUGUCUGGCUUGGUCACACCUCGCCGGCUUUGGAGCGUGCUAUCAAACAUCUAGACUCAAACUUCCCCGCCGAUACAGUAACUAUCAGGGCGGCGGUGGCCCAGCCUGUGUGCUGCCAGUUGUCGCCAGCUGAGUGUUCAUCCCUUUUUGAAGCCUCUGGUGCUGAAAUAUGGACACGUCGAUGGGUGAAGCAAGAGAUCAUGUUGCCUGACAGGGUUAUCUUACAUUGCGGCCAGACGUCUAUCAGCAUUUCUGUCUUUUUUGCAGCCAUGGACGCUUUAGUCGAUUACAGCACAUUGCACAACCACAGUUCACCUUCCAGUUCUACUCAGGCAGACGGCUCUAUAGAGCCGCAAGACGAACCGACAUCCUGUUUCUUCGAUAACCACAACAUUGACCAGUUACAUCGUCAGUGCGCCAACGUACUGGCUUUUCGCUCCGCUAUUCGUUCCAAAGGACACCAGAAAGACCUUCCGGUGUUAUUGAAAACAUUUCAAGACUCUUUAUGCACAGAUUUCCAUGACCAUGUCUAUGCCUUUCGUGGUGUGAUGGAGCGGGGCAUGGAAUUUCCAGUGGACUACAACAGGUCAAAGGCUCAGAUGUUUCUUUCCACUCUCGACUUUAUCGCUCAAACCACUCAUUACCGGCUGCGUGGCACAAGUGCUGCCGAGAGGGAUCUUCUCGUUGAUUUGUACAGGGGUUUCAAGUUCACCACUGAGGAUCUUGAAGCCAUCCUUGGAUGCUAUGAAACCCGUUUCUUACUCCAGGUUGGCUAUAACUUCGAUAUGCUUCGGAAAGACAUAUCCGUCUGGACUUUCACAGACUCCAUCACCGAUCGUGCUGAGUUUAUGUCGUCACCCUGGAGAGAGAACAGUCUAUGUAGAGACUGCGGUAAGAUGGUUUUGAACGACCAAGAUAUGGACGAAUGUCACACGGUUCUAAACCAACUGCGGCCAGACCCCGAUUUGUCAGAGCGGGGUGUAUGGACAUAUGGACUUCGGUCGUGGAAAGGCGUAGGCCUCGACGGGCUUCGUACCGUAUAUAAGCCGCACUGGUUGUAUGGGCCCAAUGAAGAAACCCUUCGGCAGUUGCGAAGCGAAGUUCGGGAGGGCCACCCUCUCAGGGCAAUGUCGUUUGACGCAUGUUGGAAAGACCAAGAGCUUGUGGACUGGCUCCAUGAGGUGAAGGAUCACCUGGUCGUUAUGGUCACUGAUAGAGAUGACGCAGCCUAUCAAAUGCACAUCUUCAUUAUGCCUCGCUGCAAGUCAGAAGAAUGUCUCCUUGCUGAAAGGCCUGGUCCGCAAGUGGAAAGUUCAUAG